UAUGGAAUGGCUUGAUCUUCCUGCAGAAGACGAAGAUUAUAGCUGUGAAUAGCACUUAACAUAUGUUAAAAGAAGAAUCUCUAUCACUCAUAUAAAGGAUAACAUUUAUAUUUAAACUAAUGAUCCUGCCUUGAUAAGGUAAUUAGCCUUGAACAAUAAAGUAAGCUCUUAAAAAAGUGGAAGGAUUAUUUUUUUAAAUUAGUAUACACUAUUAUUUAUGCGAUUAAAAAUCAAAUUAAAAAGAAAGACAAUUUAGAAUUGA